AUGGAAAGCAACCAGAUGCAAUAUGCUAACAACAACAGUGCCUUACAAAAAUGUGUGUAUGAAGAUGAUACAGUAGGAGUUGAGCUACUACUGAAAAAUGGCGCAGAUCCCUUAUAUGAAAAUUUUCACUAUCAGCCAAGUCAUUUUGCUGCAGUUGAAGGCAAUAAAGAUGUCUUAGAAUGGCUCUUGAAUCAGAAAGUUGAUGUUGAUGCCAGAGAUAAUGAUGGUUAUACGCCUCUUCAUCUAGCAGUAUGGGAAGGGCACAUCGAUUGUGUUCGUCUCCUUUUAAGAAAUAAUGCAAGUCUAAAUGCAGUUAGCAAGGGAGGUCAAAAAGCGCACGAUAUGGCCGUAGAAGUAGGCCGAUCUGAAAUUGUGGAUAUUCUGGUUAAAGCAGAGAGUAAGUAUCAGUUCUUUGGAGUUGAUUAA